AUGGAUGGAUGGGAGGCAAGUAAAAUCAGGGUGUUUUCUGUAAAAGUUGACGACGGACGGGCAGAAGCACUCCGUGCUUUAUUAGUAGGGAAAGAUUGGAAGAGACAGAAUGACACGGUGCGUUCACUGGCGGAGCUACCACACCCAACACACAGUAGCCCGGCACCCAGGAAAAAAAAAACUGGCAGCCAAAUCGCGCCCGACGGAUCGACACACAGCGCACAGCAGCCGCCGCCCGCGGCGCCGCCACCGGCAAGCGGCACACAUCGUCUGCCGCUCACCGGCACACAGCAGCACGACGACGGCGAUUCGGCCGACCCACGACCCCACGCCACGCGGCCACGCAACCACACGCAGUUAGCAGCGGCAAGCCGGCGCUGCAGCUCCUCUGAAUCCGAUCCUCUCCAACUUUUCUUGAAUCUCUGCAAAUUGCACAGCUCCACGACUGCUGUGUUGUCCUCCGAGAAGCGAAGCUCCGCUGGUGGCGUCCCCAUCAACCAUCGCCGCCCUAAAAGAAGAUCUAUCCCCUGCAUAGGCCCUUCCGCAUCCACUCCAUGGAGGAGACGGAGAAGGGGAAAUCUUCUGGAGGAACACCAAGCUGAGGCUGGGCAGCCAUCCGGGGGUGACGGUGGCCAGCCUGCUCACCGACGACCUCAUCCUGGAGUCCUCUGUUGUCUCCCUGCGAGAUCCGUCCAUCGCUUCAAGUGUGUCUCUGUACUCUGGCGUGACCUCCUCGUCGACCCCGCCAACCGCAAUAAGUUUCCCCAGGCCCUCGCCGGCUUCCUCUACACGGCCAUCAGCAACAACGGGCGACACCACCACUUUGCCAGCGUCUCCGGCGCGGCAAUCCCGUUUGACCCUCCCCUCCCUUACCUACAGCCAAACAAGUACAGUGGCAUCACCCAGGUGGACGCCUGCAAUGGCCUCCUUCUCUACCGCCGCUACAACAACAAGGACGAUUCCCAUUUGGUCGUGUGCAAUCCCGUCACCAGGAGGUGGUUUGAGCUGCCCCCUCAACCUCAACUGCUGGAGCUGGCAAACAGACGUACCCGUACCACCGGUCUAGCUUUCGACCUGGCGGUCUCGUCCCAUUUCCAUGUUCUUAAUUUUGAGCAUACCUAUCUAGAAACUUACAUUACUCGGGUGAACAUCUACUCCUCCCGGACAGGAGCCUGGCGUCAUAGGAAUUGUGGGAUGUCUGAGAAAUGUACGCUGUUUAUCGGUGGUAGAUGCGUCUUUGUUGACGGCUUGCUCUACGUGAUGGGCAACCUUAAUUACGUCAUCAACAAUUAUGUGUUGUUGGGGUUAGACAUGGAGGGGAAAGUGUGUAAGACCAUCAGUGUGCCGUACGGCCGAGGAUUUGGUACGAUUGGAUCAUCUCAGGGGUGCUUACACUAUGCUAUACCUUCCUUCGAUGAUAACAAGCAAAUCUCUAGGAUAGAACUCUGGUGCCUCCAGGAUUCUGAUAGUAAAGAAUUGGUCCUAAAGCAUACUGCCAGAUUCAAUGAACUUAUGAGCUUGACUGGGAAGAAGCACAGGAUUGUUGGGAUUCAUCCAGAUUGUGACACCAUUUUCCUGCUUUCACGUGGACAUGGUGAUACCUUGGUAGCGUACGAUAUGCAACAUAAGCAAGUUGGAUGUAUCUUUAAGCUUGAGAAAAACAGUACACAACGAUUUCUAGCCUUCACAGAGUCAUUAGCAAAUGCAGAUGGGCAGUAGGUUUACCUUCAAGCCAUGCCCUGUGCUUCUCCAAGAAUUGGCUCUUCUAUCGGCUGAAGUAUUUGACCGUUACUUUGGAAUCUGCUUGAAUCAUGCUGCUCAAUUUGCUGGUGCUUACGCUCCUACUUGCCUGAUUUUCAUCGUGGGAAGGCACCUCCUUGUAGCAGAAGCUCCUUUCGGAAUUUCUGGAGUUCCCUUGUAGAGAAAAGAAUUGAUAUGUUACAACAGAUGAAUUGUCCGCAGUCUACCACACGAGAGUGUAGAAUAUCACUAGUGCAAAACUGGCCUUUAGUGUCGGUUCGUGACGGCCUUUAGUGCCGGUUCGCCAAUCGGCACUAAAGAGUAGGGACUAAAGGUCCCCCCCUUUAGUACCGGUUCGUCACGAACCGACGA